UGUUGCUGCUGGGGUCCUAGUAAUUUUACCUUCAUUGGCUAGAUGAGGGGACUAGGUGGGGUGGGCCUCCUCAAUCCCAUUUCACGCAGGGGAAGAGCGUGGCUCAGGGAGCAGCGGGCACCUGCUUAAGGUCACACAGCAAAGAAGAGCAAGAUCCAGAAGCUGCCAGACUCCUUUGCAGGAUCCCACACCUGCCUCGCCAGCCAAGCCCGGGAAGUCCCCCCAGAGGUGGGGGAGGCGAGCAGAGGGGCCAAUCUCUCCCCUCCAGCCCUUGCAGGUGUGUAUAUCGGUGGAGGGGGCAGGGAGGGGGACCGCUCCCCAACAGCUGCGUCUCAGCCAGGCACCCACACCCCCCAGUAACACACACCUUCCGACACAAACCAGCACGUCCCGCGCCCUGGCACCUCCCUGUGCCUGCGCGCACACACUCCAACGCCUCUCCUUCCUCUGCCCGCCGCGUGGCCGCUCCCACCCGGAAUCCUGAGUGGACGCAGUGGCCUCAGGUCGCGUACACUCCUCCACCCACCCCGUCCUGACGUCACGUGGGGUAGAGCCCGGAGACACUCUGGGGGGGGGGCGGGGGGAGGGGAGUCGGCGGAGCUCCCGGGGCCGGGACAGUCACUCUCUGGGCGGUGGGGCCGGGCACAGCCAGCGCCGCCCCCCCUCCAGCCCCCACCCCGUCCCGCCCCACACGCCCUCGGAAGCACAGGCUCGCCGCGCAACGCUGGGGGGCUCCCCGGCACCCCAGCCUCUCGUCCCCAGCCCGCAGCACAUCCGGGCCCCCCUUACCCUCCAGAGGCACCAGGAGUUGUCGCAGGGGGGCCUCGGGAAAUUCCCUGGACCCCUGUGCCAGGAGGUGCCCGGUGUGCCCGCCCGCCACCCCCCCCCGGGGGCGGUGCCCGGGGGCGCUGCCCCAUGGAGCGGGGAGGCGGGCGCCGUCUGCUCCCGGAGCCGUGACCCAAGUCGGAGCCGUGUGUCGCAGCCGCCCCGACCCCCGCGGAUCAUGCGCCGUCGCCCCUGGCUCUCCAGUCCCGCUGGGCUGUGAGCCCCCCACUCCCCGCCCGUCACGGCCCGCGCGCCAUGGGCAGCGCCCACCCUUGCCCCUGGCUGCGGCUUCUCCGACCCGGGCCCCAGCCGCGGCCCGCGCUGUGCGCGCUCCUGUUCUUCCUCCUGCUGCUGGCUGCCGCCCUGCCCAGGUCUGCACCUAAUGACAUCCUGGGCCUCCGCCUUCCCCCGGAGCCCGUGCUCAACGCCAACACCGUGUGCCUGACACUGCCGGGCCUGAGCAGGCGGCAGAUGGAGGUGUGCGUGCGCCACCCCGACGUGGCGGCCUCCGCCAUCCAGGGCAUCCAGAUCGCCAUCCACGAGUGUCAGCACCAGUUCCGGGACCAGCGCUGGAACUGCUCGAGUCUGGAGACUCGGAAUAAGAUCCCCUACGAGAGUCCCAUCUUCAGCAGAGGUUUCCGAGAGAGUGCCUUCGCCUACGCCAUCGCCGCCGCCGGCGUAGUGCACGCCGUGUCCAACGCUUGCGCCCUGGGCAAACUGAGGGCGUGUGGCUGCGACGCGUCCCGGCGCGGGGAUGAGGAGGCCUUCCGUCGGAAGCUGCACCGCCUGCAGCUGGACGCGCUGCAGCGCGGUAAGGGCCUGAGCCAUGGAGUUCCCGACAACCCAGCCCUGCCCCCCGCCAGCCCUGGCCUGCAGGACUCCUGGGAGUGGGGCGGCUGUAGCCCGGACGUGGGCUUUGGGGAACGCUUCUCUAAGGACUUUCUGGAUUCCCGCGAGCCUCACAGAGACAUCCACGCACGCAUGAGGCUCCACAACAACCGAGUUGGGAGGCAGGCGGUGAUGGAGAACAUGCGGCGGAAGUGCAAGUGCCACGGCACUUCAGGCAGCUGCCAGCUCAAGACGUGCUGGCAGGUGACGCCGGAGUUCCGCGCGGUGGGGGCGCUGCUGCGCAACCGCUUCCACCGAGCCACGCUCAUCCGGCCACACAACCGCAACGGCGGCCAGCUGGAGGCCGGCCCCGUGGGGGCACCCUCCGCGGCCCCGGGCGUUCCCGGGCCACGCCGCCGGGCCAACCCUGCAGACCUGGUCUAUUUCGAGAAGUCGCCCGACUUCUGCGAGCGCGAGCCGCGCCUGGACUCGGCGGGCACCGUGGGCCGCCUGUGCAACAGAGCAGCAACAGGCCCCGACGGCUGCGGCAGCAUGUGCUGCGGUCGCGGCCACAACAUCCUGCGCCAGACGCGCAGCGAGCGCUGCCACUGCCGCUUCCACUGGUGCUGCUUCGUGGUCUGCGAGGAGUGCCGCAUCACCGAGUGGGUGAGCGUCUGCAAGUGAGCGGAGGGCUCCGCUCCCUGAGACUGGCCCUUUCUCUGCGGCUUGCGAUCUUGAGAAGAGUCGCUUCGGCUCCUGGGAGAGGAGGCUGGACCGCUAAAUCUUAUAGGAACCUCCCAGUUCUGAGGUCGUCAGGUUUGC